AUGUCCCAUACUACCUCGAAAACCUGGGUUUCAGAGGAAACCAGAGAGUAUGAGGCCUGGGCAAGGGCCCGUGAUAGUAUGUCAUAUGUCGCGCCGAAAUCUCCAUUUGUGCCAGCAACGUUCAAAGAAUGGCUCGCGCUUAAGCUACUGAAAAAAGAGGAGGAUAAGCGCAAGAUAGCUCAGUCUCUUGCUAUGAAACAGAAAAAGCUCAACAAGAUAACCAUGAAGACGGAUAAGCUGUUCAGAGGCAAGAGGCUAAGGGACCGGCUUGGUCUGGUCCUGGCAACCGAAACAAUUUGGGGGCCCUUGUCCGAUCCGGGUAGUGGCCGCCAGAACGCGUAUUGGCCUUCCCGCGAAGAGUUCAAACAUGAAGGAGAUGACAGAUGCCGAUCUGGAUACUCGAGAUUCCCACCUCUGCCGAGAGUCCUAGCGAAUGCGACUGUGAAUUGGAAGCAACGGAAGCCAGUGAUACAGUACGAGUUUGAUGAAGUUGGAAAAGUGAAGGCGAAGGGCGACGACGACGCGACCGAUAUAAGCAUCGCCAACGCCGUUAGAUUGAUUGGCAAAUCAUUCAUCCGCGACUUGGAUUUUGGAAAGCUCUGA